AUGUUCUUCAAGAAGAAACCAUCCAGCGCAGAGAAAAUUCUCCGUCGUGUGCCAACCCCAUACACCCCAUACACCUCCCCCAUCUCCAAAUCGACUACUCAGAUAUCUGGACUCAAUGCCUCGCGCAUCACGGACCUUUCGACCAACCCUACCGAUGACUUAUCUCAUCCUUCUGCUAUCUCUUUGACGACUCAGCGCUCUUCUCGGUCCAAGCACUCUUCAACCAUGCGUAAGAAAAACAAAAAGCGACGCUCUCAGAAGCCCCUUGCAAACCUCAAUAGUUCGAACCCAAAGGAACCGUGGCUCGACCUUUCCUUCUUGAACCGUCAGUGUACGCAGGAAGACUAUCUCUGCAAUUACUGGCGCUACAUGGUAGCGGACGAGCAAAGCAUUCACCUCGAUCACUUCUUGAAUGUGAUCGAUGCCCACGAGUGCGAAUUAUGGCAAGGCUUUUCCGAUGACUACGUGCCUUCCUGGGCGAAAUUCCUGGAAGUUCGUCAGGGUUGGGAAGGCAACGAUGAGCGGAAGUGGCAGGCCGGCGGCUGGAUUCGCGGGAAUAGUGGAAUAGAAUGGCGCCCAGGUCAUGUUAUGUUGAGGGUACCCAACAAUGAUUGGAUAGGCGGCAGUCACGAAGACCUGGACGAUUGCUCCAACGCGAGCUCAAGGAAGUGGAUGGAUGAUGAAGUUUUCGUUCCUACCGAGGACCAUGAAGAUUACGGAGCCAGUGGCGAGUUAUCCCCGGCGCAAGGAAGGCAGUUAUGUCGUGAGCAAGAUUCCAAGCCACGUCAGGAAGUCGAGAGGACCGUCGAGCCGAGCCUCAUCGUCCCCCAUGUCACUUCAGCAAGCUUCAUUUUGGAUAUCCCACCAGCCCAUACCAUCACUCCAAAUGACGUCCGUAUUGUCCCACCCGCUCCCUCGUCCCACACUCCACCAGAUCACCCACCACCGCAGUCGAAACAUGACUCGCAUACCUCCAAGGUAUCCAGAGUAUCGUAUGCUCCUCUAGCAACACCCCACCGCACUCGCCAAUUCUCUCAUCGCCCUCGGCGUGUCUUCACACCUGCCCCUACCCCAGUCCCCAGCGAGCAUGCUGACGAUGAAGUCACUCAGAAUCAUGGGGAAAUUGAGAAACUACUUGGAUUUCUCAAGAUGAAUGCAGAGCAAAAGGUAGCCGAGAUCCAUCGGUUGGUCGGAUCUAUGAGCCGAGGACUCGGAACGCAGUCGUAG